UUUGGGGCAUCUCCCGAUGUUUGAGACGUUCGUAAGAAUAUUUCUGAGAUGAGGUGUUGCAUUUCUGCAGUAUGAGCCGCGCUAAUCACGUCAGGCAAACGAUGAUUUUUUGAAUAUUCUGAAAAAACAUAUACGCAGGAAUAAAAAACAAAAUUGUGACGUAUUCGUCCAGAUCAAAAUAUGAUUUAUGUUGCCAGUCAUUGUUCACAGUGGAAUUGUCAGUCCAAUUGGUCGUUCUCAUUAAAGAUUGAAUGAUUAGUGAUCCAACAAGCUCCAUGUUUCAGAUACAGGAAUGAAUGAUUGGUGUGAAGGACAUUGUAACCGACCAAUAGUUAUAAAACGAAGUGAGGGGCAAGGAGUCAGAAGUCCACCCCUUAUCGUCAAGGGGACGUUAACGGAAUCUUUUGAGUGAAGAUUGUUUUUGGUACGAAAAAUCGAAAAUUAUUGAACAUCUUCGAUAUUUACUUGAUUUAUCAAACCUUGAUGAUUGAUCUUGAAAUUGGACUCCGGCUGCUCUUAUGAGGAGAAAGUUUCAGAGAUUGUAGAUCGACUAAUUCAUCAGUUUAUAGACGGGAUGGAAACAAAGUAUACGUCAAUUUGGUAGUUGAUGUUGCCGAUAUCGAAAUUGAAUGGCUGAAAAUAAAACGCCGGGUUUAUAAUGGAGAUCUUUGCGGACCAACAAUACAAAUGAAACCUGGAGAUACCGUUUAUGUUCAUUUGGAAAACCGCCUUGGACCAGAUCAACCUGAAAAAGAGCAUAAUGAUCUAGGACAUCCUAACACUACAAAUAUGCAUACACAUGGACUGCACAUAUCUUCUCUGCCUCCGGGUGACGACGUCUUCACAAGAGUAGAUCCUGGAAAAUCUCACAAUUAUUCGUAUAAUAUAAACAUAAACCAACCAGCUGGCACGUAUUGGUAUCAUGCUCAUUGGCACGGAUCCACCUGGUUUCAGGUUAUGAGUGGUCUAUCUGGUUUGUUGAUUGUUGAUGAUGAAUCGACCGAUAUGGAUGUGAAACUAGAUGCCGUUUCAUGCCCAAAUCAUUGUGAGCAUGACGUCGAUAUACUGCUUCAAUCAACGUUGCAAUACACCAACGAUUCUGUGGACUUUAUACAUGGAGCUCAAGAACAGAUGGGGGAUCCUUUUAGGUUGAGCAAAUCCACGGAAGAUUGGCUGAUGAACGUUGAAAAUGGAUUCAAUUAUUUUACAACAAAUGGUCUAUAUAAUCCUACAUUAACAAUUCAGAAAAAUCAGAUGAAAAGAUUUCGAAUUGCUAAUGCGGGAGGUUAUGUUGGACUCGAGGUCGAAAUAGCAAAUAAUGGAGGUACUGGACAAUGUGUAAUCAGAGAAAUUGCAUUUGAUGGUGUUUAUCUCGAUGCUCCUAGAAAGCAGAUAUAUCAACAAACUUAUCUUGCAGUUGCUGCGCGAGUUGACUGGAUGAUUUAUUGUGAUGCGCCUGGAAUAUAUCAACUCCGUUCAAUGUCGUUGCCCGAUAGUGAAUGGUCAAUUGGAACAUUUCGUAGAUACAAUGGUACAUUCUUGACCAUCAAUGUUACUGAAAGCAACUUGGCAGUUCCCAGUUUUCCAACCUCUUUACCCACCAGACCAGAUUUCAUCAAAGACCUACGCAAUAUCAAUAACGUGCCAGAAGAAAACAAAUUCACUGUUGAACUCUCAGACGACUUUUUCAUGAAUCGUCAAAAAUAUGUCAAAAAAGAUGAUUAUGUACACCGAAUGGAGGUAGGAAGCGUGCAAGAAUGGACUUUUGUUAACUCUGUUCAAAAAUCGCCACACCCAUUGCACAUUCAUAUUAACCACUUCCAGGUUAUUAGUUACAACGAUUAUAUAGGUCCUUUGAGCGGUAGAUCACAACAUUAUUCUGCGGAAGAUCCAACGUUCGUACUACGAUCUCAAAAUGGUGACCUUUGCAACGAUAUGUAUGGUAUCCCUUCACUUCAAUACGAAGAUCCAAACCUUAUUUGGCCUGAUCAUCCGGACCAAAAGUUCGUGGAUCACAAGAAACGAUGGGAGGCGCUAGAACAAGGAGUAGAAAACGGAAAAUCAGUGGGCUACGUGAAAAGCGGUGAUUGGAGAGAUGUAAUCAAUGUACCACCUUAUUCCAACAUAACGGUUCGUUUCAAUGUACAUGAGUACGAUGGCCCAAUAGUGUUCCAUUGUCAUGUAUUAAAGCACGAAGAUUUGGGAAUGAUGCUAACAGUUGAGUCUGUCAAAGAUAUAAAGACAUCGAACUACAUUCCUAAAAAAGAUUUAGGUUGCAAGGAAGUUGAAAAAAAACCAGAACCACAAGGAUUAGAUGGGCAAUAAAUCAAUUAUUGUUUUAUCCGUUCUCUGUUUUGUAUCAAUUGUAAAUGG